UGUACGGUACGCGGUGUGCUCCAUCUAUCUUAAUCACAUUCAUCAACAUGGUGCUGCAGAAGGCGACGCCGUACGAGCCCAAGUGCAAGACGUCGAACAUGUUCGCCGGUCAGAUCGGACUCCAAUACCUGCUUUUCUACAUUGCCAUGAUUUGCGUGCCGUGGAUGCUGCUUGCCAAACCGGUGCUCAUCAUGAGGAAGAGGAAACAAGCGCACGCCUAUUCGGUGACACAUCAACAGAUGGCAUCAGCAACGGAGAACGGCGAUGCGCAGCAGACAGGUGGUGGCACAGGGGGGCACGGCGAGGGCCACGACGAGGAGCCUCUAGGAGAGAUCUUUAUCCACCAAGCCAUCCACACGAUCGAGUACGUCCUCGGCUCCGUCUCGCACACCGCUUCCUAUUUGCGUUGUGGGCGCUCUCACUUGCUCACGCUCGUAAGUACUAUUUCCAUUCAUAAACUUUUUUGA